AUGAGUAUGGCGGUAUUUUACGAACAAAGACGUGGCUUGCACGCAUUGAAAGGAAGCAUAACUGAUGAUGAAUUGAAAAAUCUCCACGAACAAAAAAAGUGUAAAGCCAUUGAAAAGUUCAAAAAAAAUAUUGAACCAACUGCUUGUGGAUCACCUGCAAAUUGGAUUAAAGAUCUGGAGCAAAUCAUUGAGGUGGUUUUACUACAUUUUGGAUUUUUCAAGCGUGCGAAAGAAGGUUUGAGUGAGGUCGAGCUAGAAAAACUACAUAAAGUAGUGAAGUGGACAGUUAUACAAGUAUUUCAAAAGGUAGUGAUUACGCGUAUCGAUGGAUCACCAAAGAGAUGGAUUAAAGAUUUGGAUGAAUUAAUUGAGCUUUUACUGGAGUAA